UCGUUUAUUUAGCUGUCCGAGUUCUGUCAAAUUCAGCUUAAAUGUAGGUACAUUUUUUGAACUUGAUCUUGUGAAUAUUGUCCAGUCUUUUAAAUCGACGUAUUAUCAAGAUAAAAGAUUACUAAAUCUGGUCGUUGGGACGGUGCAAGUAUAGGUUUUUGAAAUUGAUCAAAUGAACGAGUCAACAGAAGAAUGUUCUCCAUUUAAGGACCGGAAAAAAAAAACACACAUGUCGCUUAAUGAUAAAAAGCGAUUGGCUCGAGAAAAGACUGAGCAGUAUAAUAGUAAUGGUAGGCCAUUACGGCAAUAUCAUAUGCUAACUGCAGAAGAAGUGAAACAAGGAAAAGAAACACAUUGGGAAUGUUUAGAAAUUAUUGGUUGUGUUAAAAAUCUUAGUCCAUCAUUAUGGCAUUUAACAUCCUUGACCGGUCUUUAUUUGAACGAUAAUCAAUUGACACGACUACCACCUGACGUAUCAAUGCUAGUAAAUUUACAAUAUCUUGACUUAUCUGGAAAUAAACUUCGUAGUUUACCUGCUGAACUUGGUGAACUAAUAAGUCUUAGAGAAUUACAUUUGAGCUAUAAUAUGUUAAGAUCACUCCCUAAUGAGGUAGGGCGUUUAUUUCAACUACAAGUUUUGGGCCUAGCUGGUAAUCCUCUAUGUCAAGAACUAGCAAAAAUUUACAGUGAACCAAAUGGCACUCAUAGAUUACUCAUGUUUUUGUUAAACUCUUUACGUGUAGACACACCUUCACCGCCGGGAAGACCAUGGAUUCCUCUAUCCAGACCCAACAAGAAUAUUCCUUCGUGCCCGAUAACGGUGAUGUGCUACAAUGUUUUGUGCGAAAAAUACGCGACUUCUCAGAUGUACGGAUACUGUCCGCCGUGGGCUCUGACCUGGGAAUACAGAAAGAAAGUGAUUUUGGGAGAAAUUAGGCAUUACACGGCAGAUAUCAUUACCUUACAGGCAAUCGAGACGGAUCAGUUCUAUAAUUUCUUCUUGCCGGAGCUGAAAAAAGACGGCUAUGACGGUAUAUUUUCACCAAAAUCUAGGGCGAAAACUAUGUCGGAGAACGACCGGAAACGCGUCGAUGGAUGCGCCAUAUUUUUCCGGGCCAUCAAAUUCACAUUGAUCAAAGAACAUCUGAUCGAAUUUAAUCAGCUAGCCAUGGCAAAUUCUAGCGGAUCUGACGACAUGUUGAACCGAGUAAUGCCCAGGGACAACAUCGGCUUGGCCGCACUGUUAAAGACCAACGAGACCGCCUGGGAAAACUCAUUGACACCAGAUGUUCAAUACCCAAUACUUGUCUGCACUGCACAUAUUCAUUGGGAUCCAGAAUUUUGUGAUGUUAAGCUAAUUCAAAUUAUGAUGUUAGCUAAUGAAUUAAACACUAUUUUGGAAGAAGCCAAUCGCAACUACCGCAGUAUGAGCCAUCAUCAACCACCCAUUCAGUUGUUGUUGUGUGGUGAUUUUAAUUCUUUGCCAGAUUCUGGAGUUAUAGAAUUUUUAUCAGCGGGCAAAGUUUCAUCUGACCACCAAGACUUCAAAGAUCUGCAAUAUAAAACAUUAUUACAAAAAAUUUCUUCUUGUGAAAGGCCAAAUGAGUUUACGCAUUCGUUUAAAUUAUCUUCUGCAUAUGAAAAUAUUAUGCCGUUUACUAAUUACACGUUCAAUUUUAAAGGAAUCAUAGAUUACAUAUUUUAUACUCGACACACUAUGACACCACUUGGAUUGCUUGGCCCUCUAGCUCCGGAAUGGUUUAAAGAAAACAAAGUCCUUGGUUGCCCUCAUCCACAUGUACCAUCAGAUCAUUUCCCAUUAUUAGUGGAAUUUGAGUUGUCACCAAACGCACACCAGACAAGUUCAAAUGGAUUAGGCGGUCGAAGGUAGCCACGGGGCUGACAUAACAACAUUAAACAAAAACAUUAAUUACCAACACUCAACAAUAGAAUAUGUUUAAGUACAAACAUUCAUAUAUGUAUGUACACAUCAUUUGAAAGUAAUUUGUAUUUUUCAUUUCUGUGUCUUUCUUUUUUCGCAGUUAAUUAUUGGUUUAACACAAAUAUUAUUAUCUACUAAAAAACAACCAUGACCUUUUUUUUCUUGUUUCUUUUUAUUAUAUUUUUUUAUGAACAAAAUGUUAAAAAAAACUUAAUAAGGAGGAUUAUUGAAAAAAUUAUACAUUUUAAUGUGAAUUUUAAAUUUUAAUACUAUGGAAUUUUUCGUGUAAGUUUAUUUUAUGUAUAUAAAAUACAUUUUUUCCUAAUUUAUUUACUUUUUUUUCUAUUAU